CAAAAAUAGACGUAUAUCUGCAUAUGCAUAGUAUUGGCGUAAAAUGCGCAAGUUUUCUAGAACAAUCUAAUAGUUACACGUUGCGAAAAUAGGACACCUGUGUACGCGCGCGCCCGGAUCAGGGUUAAAAAUCCGGUCACCUUAAUUGAACCCCUCGAAAACGAGUGUCCCUCUCCUCUUCGUCUGGCGCGUCGCGGAGGAAGCGGCAGACUGCUCCUCUCUCUUCCUCUCUCUUUCUCUCCGGCAAGGAGAGCCCGGUGGGGUGCAAGGUGAAUGUGGAGUAGAAUCGCGGCAUUACGUGCCACCGAGUAACGGAGCGGACGCGGAAUAGAGCGUAUCACGUGUCUCGUCCCCGGCUGUGUGUUUGGCGUCUUCCUCGACGCGGUACUCUCCUCGACGAGGCGCCGAAACGCGAAGGAAAAGCGGCAGUCGCGUGUCGGCCAGCGGACAGAUCGGUCCAGAGCGCCGCCGUCUCAUCCUCGCGAGGACACUUGACACAAUUGUUCGCCGGAUGAUCGAUGACUGAACAAAUUUGCGGAGACAAUUGCCGGAGACACGGACCUCGAGACGCGGUCCUCUACAUGCAACCGUCUAUACGAUUCGGUGAAAUCGCGCAUCGAUGAAUGAGAUGUCGUAAAGUAGCACGUUCGAAGAGGACUCGAUCGAGACUCAAAGAGGAUGUUGACCUGGUAGCGGGUAUCGAUCGACGAAGAUCGGGGAAAAUCGCUCGCGCGUUAAAGAAUUCAACGAUUGACGUUUGCAGUCCAGCUGCAUCAUCCGAUCGUUCAUCUCCGUCUCUUCGCAUUCUUCAAUGGUGUGAAUCCAGUAAAUGGAUUCUUUAUGAGUGAUUGUUGCCGGAUCAACACAACGUCGGAAGACACGAAUGGCCAGCGACGAGACGUCAUAUUCCGAUGGACCGCGUGUGACCAGCGCGGAAUCGAUCAUCUGAUCGGCGCCGAGAAAAAUCCCGCGAGUGCGCGCGCGAUAAAGGGCCUUGAUUUCGAAAGGAAACUGACGAGAAUGCCGAGGGAGAACAUGUGGCGGCAGAGGAGAGUGCCCGUUCCCAAGAGAACGAUCGAGUUGAUCGCUUUGAUAGCGAUUUCCAGUACGUUGUUCCUCUUUCUGCAUACAAGAGAUCUACACUCGCGUCUGAAAAAGAUGGAAGUGCGUCUUCAACCGGGAGAAGAUGACGUGCUUUCAGCGAAUCAGCUAUCGUUUGGCGUUCAAACGGAUUCCAAUCCAAGCGGAAUCAUUCAUUACUCAAAUGUGCAGCGUACUGUUACGGGGAAGUAUGACGAACAGUACGAGGUGCUCAACAUUGAAGCCCUCAACAAUACGAGAAGGGCCGACCGGCAGGUCUUGUUCUUCAAUCGCGUGCCGAAAGUCGGCUCGCAGACCUUCAUGGAGUUGCUGAGGAGGCUAUCGAUAAGGAACGCGUUUUCGUUCAACAGGGACCGCGUGCAGCGAGUCGAGACCAUACGUCUUGCGCCGAUCGAACAGCUCCAUCUCGCCAGGAUGGUCAGCAGCUAUUCAGAGCCGUCUGUCUACGUAAAGCACGUCUGCUUUACUAACUUCACAGAAUUCCAUCUGCCAGAGCCGAUUUACAUCAACGUGGUCCGCGAUCCUGUGGAGAGGGUCAUAUCCUGGUAUUAUUAUGUAAGAGCGCCGUGGUAUUACGUGGAGAGGAAGCAGAUCUUUCCGGAUCUGCCGCUACCCGAUCCCAAUUGGCUCAAGAAGGACUUCGAGUCGUGCGUCCUUAAGGGUGAUCGAGAGUGCAGAUAUCUGGAGGGCGAGGUCCACGAAGGUAUCGGCGAUCAUCGCAGGCAGACGCUCUUCUUCUGUGGACACAGCGAGAAAUGCACUCCUUUUAACACUGUGGGUGCCCUGGAGCGAGCUAAAUUGGCGGUGGAGAAGCAUUAUGCGGUGGUUGGUGUCUUGGAGGACAUGAACAUGACUCUUACGGUGCUGGAAAAUUACAUACCACGGUUUUUCCAGGGAGCCACCAAUGUUUAUUAUGAUCAAAUAAAUUCGUUUACAAGGAUCAACCGGAACUUCUUCAAACCGCCAGUCAGCGAGGAGGUGAAGAAUCUGGUGCGCAACAACUUUACUCGCGAAGUCGAAUUCUACCAGUUUUGCAAGCAACGACUUUACAGACAAUACAGAGCUCUCAAAUUGCCGUCCGAUGUUCUGUGAUUGGGAAGCAACAAUUUUUAUAAAAAAUAUCUUCCGUCCAUUGAUAUGCACGAAUGUACUUAUUAAAAGGUUGACGUGCAAAAAGCAUUACGAAGAAGGACGUAUCUCUCGAUAUAAGUGCAUUGAUUAGAGUGAUUCGCUAAAGCUUUGCACAAAACAAAUAUGAUAAUUAGUUUCGAAGGAUUAUUAAUUUACGAGAAUUUGAUUGGAUAUCGAAUGAUAUAGAAAUAAUAUUUUAUUUGUAAGAGAAAGAGACUAUAAUAACUUCCCGAUUAAUAUUUCGCGAAAAAUACUGUGUUCUUUAUUAAUUUAUUACGAUAUUAUCGAAAUCGCAAUCCCAAUAAUGACUAUUUCGAGCCGAAAUAAGGAGCUUAUAACGUCAAAGAUUUAAUUAUCAAAGAUUUAAUUAAAAUAACUUUUCCAUAAAGACAAAGAAGGAAAUAUACAUUUGUUCCCUUCGAUUCGCUUCCUUGGCGAUCACUGUACCAAUUUUUUAAAAAAAUUUUAAUGAAGGAGCAAAAUCUCAUGACAUUAUCAAAUUAUGAAGAAAAAGAAAAAAGAGAAUGAUUAAAUCUCUUUAUCAUUGUAAUGAUCCAGUACCAUUUCAGAGGA